CUGUGGAAAUGGCGCCUGCGUUCAAGCGGUAGUAGUCGGCAGUUACACGGCUUAACACUGAACUCUCUGGAAUUGAAGUUUCUCGUCGCUACUGCUUUAAAGUUCAACACAACUAGACUGCGAGAGUUUAUUCCUACAAACCGAGUCCGGAUUAUGACCGGAAAAGAGUUGCCACGAGAGUCGUGUUUGAAGUAACGUUAAAUCCAGUUUUCUCGAGGGCCGUUGUCAUCAACGCGCAGUAGGCAUGCGUGACCUGGCAGCCCAAGUCACCAGCAGCUUGCUGCGCUUUCCAGAGGUGACGAUAGAUGCUCUGGGGGAGGAUGAAGUUACCCUGGAUUCUGUGCUGCACGGAAAAUUUACUGUUGGGAAGAGUGGACUGGCCUGGCUGGCCUGCGGGCCUCAGUUGGAGGUUGUCCAUGCUGUUAGUGGAGAGCGUUUCUCUGCCUACCACUUCAGCGGGGUGUCUGAACACCCACCCACAGUUCUGGCCGUGAGGGACUUCUGCUGGCUGAAGCGAACAGGACUUCUUAUUGGUCUGGAGGAGGCGGAGGGCAGCAUGUUGUGUCUGUAUGAUCUCGGUAUCUCUCGUGUUGUCAAGGCUGUGGUAAUUCCAGGCAGAAUCACAGCCAUUGAGCCCCUGGUCAGCUAUGGAGGGGCCAGCGCCAGCACACAGCAUCUACACCAGAGUCUGCGCUGGUUUUUUGGUGUGGCUGCUGUGGUCACAGACAUCGGUCAUGUUCUCCUAGUUGAUCUCUGUCUGGAUGACCUGUCCUGUAGCCAGAGUGAGCUAGAGGCUUCAGAUCUGGAGGUGGUCAAUAAGUCUCCGUCCGAGAUCCCCCGGUUGCGGGAGGGCGUAACACAGCAGGGCAGACACCUGUGUCUGCAGCUCAGCAGCCCAACGGGUAUUGGAGCGACAGCCCUGCAGUACAUCCAGCGCACCAACCAGCUCGCUGUGGGCUUCUCUGAUGGCAAUCUGCAGCUCUGGAACAUGAAGAGCCUCAAAAAAGAGUAUCACUCACAGCUAGAGGGUGGCAGAGUGCCUGUCUAUGCAUUUACCUUCCAGGAGCCAGAAAAUGACCCACGAAACUGCUGCUAUUUAUGGGCUGUGCAGUCUGCACAGGAUCUUGAGGGGGAUGUGGUCAGCCUUCAUUUAUUACAACUGGCCUUUGGGGAGAGGAAGUGCUUGGCUUCAGGAAAAAUUAUUUAUGAGGGUCUGGAGUAUUGCGAGGAACGUUACAGUCAGGAUUUGAACGGUACAUCAUUUCCUCUAAGAGCUCAGGCCACCAAUACCCGUCUGAUCAGCUGUCAGACAAUAGAGAAGUUUCGUCACCAUCCUGACCGUGAUGACAGCAUGAAUGAAGUGGCGUCUCCUGAUACAAGUGUGUCAGUUUUCAGCUGGCAAGUGAAAUCAUAUGGACAAGGCCAGCCAUCAACCUUCAUUGGUGUAUUUGACAUUAACAGAUGGUACCAUGCUCAGAUGCCAGAUUCAUUAAGAACGGGUGAAUCCUUACGGAACUGUCCCUAUCUGGCUGUCUGGUCUCUUGACUGUGUGAUCGAGAUGACAGCCCCCUGUGCUCUGUUGGACAUCUUGGUUCAUGAGCGCAGUCUAAGCAGGGGACUCCCCUACACAUGUCCUCCACCAGAACAGUUCUUCAAUCCCACAACAUACAACUUUGAUGGAAGUUGUUUGUUUAAUGCUGGAAUUGUGCACUUUACUUGCUCUGGCUAUCAGAAAGAGACGCUAAGCUACCUAAAGAAGGUGGCACCAAGUCUGGGGGACAGCAUUUCUAAUGGAUACUCGCGCUGUCUCAUGUCUGGCCUUCUGUCUUCUCGUCUGGCUGAUGUCCAACCCUCCAGUCUCUCACAGGAAGAGCAGCUUGAUGCCAUCUUAUGCACUGCUGUGGAAACGAGCUCACUGGGACUCAUCACUGGCUGUAUUAAACAGUGGACCACUGAAGAGCAACCAGGCUCAGCUGUCAAUUUGCGCUACAUACUGGAAUGGGCCUGGAAUAAGGUUGUGCACACCAAAGAAGAACUGGAUGAAAUAUGUGCUCCGCUUUUUGACAGCUCCGCAAACUUCACAGAUUCGCAGACUUUGCAGCUGCUACAGCACAGUCAGCGCUUACUGGCAAACCUCAGCACCAUUUUCCACUGUUUGCUAAAUGAGGCCCAGGAGCUCACACAGAAAGGCUUGAUUGGACUCAUGAACAAAUGUAUGGUGUCUAGUUUGGUCUCCCAGUACGCUCAGGUGGUUUUGUGGUUCUGCCGAACCGGUCUCCUUCCAGAAGGCUCCGAUGAUGAUAAUGUGUUACAGCUAUCAAGGCCCUUUUACAGUCAUUCUAUUAUAAAGAAUUACUACAUCGGACAGAGGGAGGAACUGCGGAGAAUGGCAAGGGACAAGUGGUGUGCGGACUGCCUCAUGAUUGAUGGCCUGGUGAGUCAGUGUGGGGAACGCCUUAGCGAACUUUGGAAAAGAGACGAGGGUGGAACAGGACAUUAUCCUCCCCCAUCACUUCAUGCCUUGCUGGAUAUUUACCUCCUGGAAAACAUUGAAGAAUCUGCCAAACAUGCUAUCGUUAUUUAUUUGCUGCUGGAUGUAAUGUACUCAUUUCCCAAUAAAAGUGGGGCAUCGGUGGAGUCUUUUCCCACAGCGUUCGCCAUUCCCAUCGGACUAGUGAAACUGGUACAAGGCCUGUGGUUACUAGAUCAUCAUGACCAUGAGAGUUCUCUGGAGCUGCUGUUGCACCCAGCCACCAGUCACUCGUUAUGGAGCUGGCAGCAUGAGCGUGUCUUGCAGGCUUUAAUGUGCCAGCAGAAGCACAGCAUCGCCCUGCGUUACCUGCAUGUGAUGAAGCCUCCGCUGUGCACUACCAGCCAAGCCAAACUGUGCCUCUCGGUUUUUCUUCAUAACAGAUGUAUUGUGGAGGCGUGGGCAUUGCUAAGACAGCACUGUAAUAAAUUGAACACGGAGGAAGUGAUGAGGUUUCUCUUUGAGACCUGUCAGGAGCUGGGACUGAUGAAGGAGCUGCUGAAACUGCCUCUUGGACUUGCAGAACAGGAGUGUUUGCAACGGUUCCUUCAAAGCACCGGAGGUUUCCAGAAUCGGGAGCUGCUCAUGGUCCACUACCUCCAGCAGGCAAAUUACGUGCCUGCUCUUCAACUCAACCAGACUCUCAAACUGAACCUAGCAGCUGAUCGGGAUCCUAAAAUGAAGGAAAGGUCAAACACGAGGAACUCUAUUCUCAAUCAGUAUGGGAAGGUUCUUCCACGGGUCCAGCGGAAGUUAGCCAUCGAACGAGCAAAACCAUAUCAACAUCCUACUAUAAUUCACAGAGUAAAAAGACCCCAGCCACUGUCAACCGUAACCAAACGUUCAGCUUCUGAAAACGUGAUGACCAGGGCAGCGUUUAUUAACAAUGUCUACUCAAAGAUAGAGGAAGUGUGGGCUGGCAAUAACACCACUCCAGAGUCAUCUCCUUUCAAAAGCCCCAAAGUGUCUGAGAUGCAAGUGCCUAGCCGACAUCCAUCCCCUCCAGAUUUACCUGAGGCCUUUGUAGGAACUCCCAUCAACAAGCUAACCAAGAGAAUGUCCAGGCUUUUGGACUUGGUUGUUCAGCCAUCUUCCCAGAAUUCUCCAGAGAGCUCCAAUUUGACUGGCACUCCUACAAGGUCUAUUACCUCAUGGUCUGGACCAAAGAGCAUCAGUAAAGCUCCAGAACUCAGUCUGCUGCAAACCCCACAAGUGGUAAAGAGAGCUCGAGCCUUGGCAUCAGGUCCAGUUUUCUCAGCCUAUACCCCACAAUCUAUUCUGAGGAGCAGUUUACGUCCCACUCCAGUGGCCACCCCUUCUGCCUCUCCGGGACGAUCAAUAACUCCUCCUCUUCGGCCUAAAGAGAGCCGUAUUACCUUCAUAGAGGAUGCUGAUUCUCCAGAAGUGCCCAAAGGCUCUGUUCACUGGAACAAUGGGAUUGCAAUUAACAGAGAGCACAAUACUCCUAAGAGAUCUUCUCCUCCUGCUAAAGCAAGCAUUGAGGUCUGGAGUGAACAUUCAGAUGCUGAAGAGGAAGAUGUAGAUGUGAAGAUGACGUGCAUGCCCUCUCUGGGAGAGCAGGAGAAUCCUGGCGUAGAAUCUGAGACUGGAUUCUCUAUCAAAGAGAUACCUUUAGCAGAGUCCACAAAAGUGCUUCCCACUCUGAUGCGACGGCCUAGUUUGGGGCAAGAAGCAAGUCUUGUAUCUAAUCAAUCCGAUACCACUCUUGAGUUUCAUGAUGCUCCUGCUCCCGAGGAUCUUUUGUUUACUCUGAAAGAGCAGCAAGCAAACAGUAGUGUGGAUCGAGAGGUGACUGUAAGACUUCCAAAUACUUCUGAGGAACAUACAGCUUCUGUAGAAAGCAACACAACUGUGGAUUUGCCUUCUCUUAUGCUGCCUGAGAAAGCGAAGAACGAUAGAGGGGAAGACUUGUCCAAUGCAGAGAGAUCUUUAGACACACAGGAAGCCCAAAAUGAGGAGGAGCGUGUUAAUAAUACCAAUGAUGUUGUGGAGAACAUAACCAAGGUGCAGCUUGAAGGAAUUCCAGAGGCUCAGGUUCUCGAGAUAGAUGUGGCUAUUGAACCAGAGCUGGUUGUUCCAGUUCAGAAACCAAGUUCAGAAUCUGUGGCUGAGAUUUCAGAGCAUCUUGAAACUCAGGAACCAACAGAAGAGGAGUCAUUGAACACAUCCUCCUUUUUUGUUGAAGCUCUUAGUGUUCCUCCUACAUUAGAACCUCUAAAUCGGUCCAUGGAGGAAAAUGCAGCUAAUAAGACUAUUGAUGAACCUGCUGUUGUCAAGGUAUCAGAGGCAGCAACAGAAGAACCUGUCUCUGAAGCAUCUGUGUCCAAGAUUUCAAUGGGGGAAUUGGUGAACCAUGAACAUGCCACUAUUGAACCUGAGAUCAGUGAGGAAUGUCAAGAGGAGUCUAUGGAAACCUCAGACCUUGAUGCCUUUGUGGAACAACAUUUAUUUGGACCAGAUUUGACCCAGUCCAGUAUUAGAGAAUCCUCUGAGAAAUCACUCAAAAGUGAUCCAGUUUGUGACAUUAAAGACUAUCAGACCACUUCAGAGAAUGCAGCAGAUCUGAAAACACAGACUUCAGAAACCGGAACCUCAGAGUCCAGAUCUGUGGUGAGCUUGAAUGACAGUGAUGAACUCAGUAGUGCUGAAUCUGCAGAAGACUCAGACGAUGAAGAGUCUGAAGAGGAGUCUGGAGAUGAAAAGGUGGAGGACUCUGGUAGUGAGGUUGAGAUUAUAGAUGAAGUACAGGGUAAUGGCAGGAGUAACCACCAGCUGCCUUCUGCCCUUUAUGUUGGGGAACUUCCAUCACAUGAGCAGUAUUUCCAGGAUCAGGCUAAUGCGGUGCUGUCACUCAUCACACCUGAGGCACAGCUGAAAGUUCUAGACACUGACAUGCCAGAGGAGGAAAGUGAAGUGGUAAUGGUUGGCCUUAGCCCUGCAGAUCUGGAUGAGGAAGAUGGUAUGUGUUACACAGAGCUUAGGCCAUCCACCACUCUUCUGGUGCCAGUUGAGCUGGCUGAGGAGCAGCAGACACAUCUUAUAGACAGAGGUACUAUGGAGACCCUCAGCGGUGCACUAGAAGACUCUGAAGGCUUCACGCUCAUGCUUGAUCCUGAUGUGGAGGAGCUGCCUGAUGCUUCAGAGCUGGACCACAAUGCAGUAUUGUUGCCUCUACAUGAGCCUGAAGAACAUCAGGAUAUGGAGAACAAGCCUACGACUAAUUCUGAGGUUGUCAUUUUGGAGCACUCCUUUGAUGUUCCAGACAACAAAUUGGAAGAAGUUAAUGACUUGGUAGCAGACAUUGAACCUGUUGUCAGUGGUGCUCCUAAAGUUGAAGAGCAACCAGCUAAGGUUCUCCAGACGGUGCAACAAAUAAAUACACCAGAGGCAGAAACUUCUGAUCAAGACACAAAAUGUCUUUCCAAUGGUGAUGGUCCUUCUAAGAUACAGGAUGCCCCACAUACUCCUCUUUCUGUGAAAGUAUUUGAGACUUCUUCACCAGAGAAUGCUUUGCCUUUAGAACAGCUUUUAGAAAAGGACAAUGGAGUUUCCACACUGGACACAGGGGUGUCAGCAAUUGCUAAAGAUGUAGCUCCAUCUAACCAAACCACUACACCCUCAUUGGCUGAAGAAGUUGAGGAACUUAACACAACCAAACAAGCAGCAAGGCCAAAAUCACCAGGAAGAUCCAAGUCACCUGCAAGAACAAAAGUCGAAAGACCUGGAAAAGAGACUGAGGAAAUUAAGGAGAACCUUAAAGAGGUUCAGCACAGCCCUUCUCGGAGGACAAGAAAAACUGUAACAUUCCCUGUACCCAACCUUGAGGCAGAAAAAGAUCUUACAGAGGAGGAGCAAAUGGAUUCUCAAGUACCUUCUACUCCGAGACGUGUUACAAGGAGUGGCAAGCAACUGCAAGACUGUCAAGUUCCUGUUACACCAAGAAGAAGCACAAGAAAAGCAGACACAGUACAGCAAACCAAUGAGAACCACCAAGACAUGCCUUCUGAGAAGGUAUCAAAGCCUGCAAGUCCUGCACGAAAGACCCCACAGAAAGCUACACCAAGGAAAGGGUCCCGAAGAACAAGGAGCACAGCAGUUGAAGAUCACGGUGAUAAUGAUGAUAAUGAUAAAGCGAUUCUCACAGAGCAUAUUCCCAAUGAAAUCUCAGAAAUACAGCUCAGACAAAGCACCAGAAAAUCCCAACCAACAACUACUGAUCGUCCAGAAGCCCAACAAGAGGUCCCAGAGGAGAGGGCACAGCCUACCAAAGCACAUAGUAGUCCUAGUAGAGUUACUCGCAAGUCUACCAGAGGGCUAACUUUAGAAAGUUUCCAGCAAGAUCCUGCAGAAGAUGUCACAACCCUAAAUAAACCUGUUAGGACUCCUCCAAGAAGCAGGAGAAAGACCGUGGCCACCACUGCAGAAAAAGCGAUCAAUGAAACCUAUGUUGUUGAUGAUGCACAACUGCAGAGUGUUUCGAGACGACUUACAAGAAGCAGGCAUUGGAAUCAAGGUGAUGGUCUUGACAAGGAAAGACCUGAUUUGAUUCCCCUGGAAGUACACCCUAAAACUCCUCAAGCUGAUGCUCUUGUAGAGCGACUAAAAAACGAGGAAGCCAGUGAGAAGAAUGUUCCUAUUGUGACUGAAAUAAUACGUGCCAAGAGAAGAACCACUAGAUCUGCAGCACCACCAAUAAAUGAAACUCAAACCAUUGGCUUUGAAGAGAGUAAAUUGGUUUUGGAGGAAAUGGAGAAACAUGAGAGCAAGUCUUUUGCAAGUGCUAGACGUACAAGAGCAAGCAAGUUGUGUGAAAAUUCUGCAUCUGUUGAUGAUUCAGUUGCUCCUGUAGCUGAACCGAGAACAACAAGAGGAAGGAAAAAAGGAUCUGCUGUCCAAAAUGAAGUUGAAGUUCCAGAGAUUUUGCCUGUGCCUCAAAUGCUAAGUGAAGGAGGUGAAGCUGAUCUGCAAUCUAAAGGGGACAAUUGCCUCGUGGAUGAUGUUCCAGUUGAAACAGAAGUUGUUAAGCCCAGAAAGAAGAGAACAACCAGAACAAAAGCAGCCCCAGAGCCGCCACCGCCUGUUGAGAUCAGUUUUCUCUCUCCAUUCGGCAGUCCAGCUGAAACCAUUUCUAGAACCGAAAAGAGAACAGAAGAAAAGGAAAUCCCUUCAUUGAGGAUGAACCUACGCCGCAAACGCAUGAUGGAUGCCAUUUUUCCUAAACCUGUAACCAGGAGGAAGAAGCUUUGAUUAUGAACUCUGCCUGGACUCAUCUCCCAAUGCACUUUGUGCGUUUUUGGUUCUGUGCUCUUCUUUCGUAAGAGCUCUGCAACCUGCUGUUUUAAUUAAGAUAAUCAGUGGAUAAUGUUUGGAAUAAAUAAAUCUAAUUUGGGAUAAAUAACUUUGUAUUAUAAAUUAUGCUGUUUACAGUAAGGAGAACCGAGGGACUUGAGCACCACACAAAAAGAGAUGGUUUAGUUUUUAAAAGCGUUUCUACUAAUUGAUGCAAAUGUAAAUAGCCUUUUAGGUAUGUUAUAAAUAAAAUUUGAUACUUGUGGAUUAUUUUGUUACUUGUUUUGUUUACAGGAAUGAUUGUGUGUGAACGUGUAAAGUAAGAGCAAAUGAUAAUAAGAUUCUACCACUUGGGUGAUAAUUCACACAGAGGAAUACCUUACACUGGUUUUAAAAAGAGUGUAAUCAUCUAUAUUACAUGGAUAGACUUCUUGCUUUGAUGCUUGGCACUUGGUCUCCUCUGUUUUGAGGUCUUAAGGUGGUGAACACAGAGUUCUGUUCAUUGCAGACAAUAAUGUACAUUUAUUUUCCUUCAGAUGCAUCAGUUUUAUUUUGAACAGCAUUGUGAACUUAUUUGUAAUGCCUGUUUGCUUUCAAAUACAGAACAAGAAUUUACAA